AUGGCAGCCAAGGAGCGACUGUGGGGGACAGGCAUACAAAUGAAGACAUUCAGAGUUACAUUAUCACUGUACCAAAGAGCCACUAUCAAACCAAACACAAAUACACCGACAAGGUCCCAAGGUCCCAAGCGGAGAAGGUCCCAAGCGGAGAAGGUCCCAAGCGGAGAAGGUCCCAAGUGGAGAAGGUCCCAAGCGGAGAAGGUCCCAAGCGGAGAAGGUCCCAAGCGGAGAAGGUCCCAAGCGGAGAAGGUCCCAAGUGGAGAAGGUCCCAAGUGGAGAAGGUCCCAAGCGGAGAAGGUCCCAAGUGGAGAAGGUCCCAAGCGGAGAAGGUCCCAACCGGAGAAGGUCCCAAGCUGA